CAUUUCGUAUUAAUUUUACUAAAGCGAUAUGUUUAAUGUAUACGAUGAUAUUAUUGUAUGAUAACCCAGGUUCAUGAAGUCAGCUUGUUACCUUGCCACUCUCCUUGGCCAGAUGUACUAUGUAAACGUUCCGUAAUUUUCUUACAAAUUCUAUUGUACGUUCCGUUUCGUAAUCCGAAUUAGUGAACAUCUUUGGGUGAUUUUGAAUACUUUUGCGAUUUGUAUAAAUUCCAAUUCCUCCUUUGUUGCGUAAAUUUGGAUUUAUCAUACACUCUAUAUAACCAAGAAAGCUCCAUCCAUUUUUGUCUUUUGCCUUGUAUAUAAACGAAGUUAAAGCGCUGCUGUUUGAGUUAAAUACUUAAAACUUGUUCUUGAUAGUUGAGACACAUUAUUUGAACUUUUAGUAAGACAGCGCGCCCUUUCGAUGGAGGAUUCAAGAGUUUUUUAGGUGUUUUUUUUUUGUUCCAAGCCUGUUUAGUUUCUUGAAUUUUAGUUUGAACAUCCAUCUUAGUCAACUUUGACUCGGAUAGAUUGCUUGCUAGCAUUUUGUUGUAUAUAUUCAUUCAGUUGAAUUGUCAUUUACGUGUAUUUAAUAUACCCUUAACUGCGAAGGUACAUAUUUGAUUCCAGAAUUUGCAUACGUUUAUCCCUUUUUUAUUUAUUUCCAUUUUUUUUCGACUUUCAUUGCUUCUUGAGUUCAUCAUUUUGUUUAUCCGAAGCUCCUUUACCUGUCUUCAUUAUUUCUUUUCUUUUUUUUGAGUUUUGUUCCAUCUCCGUCUGUAUAUCUUAUAUAGCUUAUUAUGGAUUCCAACAACCCGACAGAUCGUUCCACACUUCCAUGGGAAGAAGAACCCGUGAAUGAGAGUCAAAUGAAUGGUACUGAACCACCUCCUCCUCAAGACACUGCGUCUCAACCCGGUCAAGGCCAGACCGGUAACCCAGAAAAUCCAGAUCAACAAAUGGCGUUCUCAAUUGGUACUAUGUUUAUUAUCGCUCCUCAAGGUGGUGGUGGAGGCGCUGAUGGAAACGAGAAUGAAAAUUUUAUUAACCCAUUUCAGCCUCUAGUGAAACGUGCUCUGAAAGAAGCUUGGGAUUCUUUCGAGGAUGUCUCUUCUGAACAACUUUCUGACCAAAGUUGUCCCAUUUGCUAUGAUGAUAUGAACGUAGAUGAAGAAACCAGCGCUACUCGUAUGCCUUGUGGUCAUAUAUUUGGCAAAAAUUGUCUAAAAAUUUGGCUAGAAGAUCAUUGUAGCUGUCCUCUUUGUCGUAAGGAAGUACCACAUGAAACUAUCGGAUCCAAUCAUCCUCCUAUCCUUUUUAUCAUUCCCCAUUCCAACCAACGACCCCAAAAUCCAGGAGAAAAUGCCGAACAAACUCCUUCUGAAAGUAGCAAUCCUCUCUUUUCAUUCGCGCAACAACAUCGUCCGGAUGGUACCGAAGCCUCCCCUACAAACGAAGGAAAUGAAGGUGCACCUGCACCUCCUCGUAUUGCUUUUAACCGUAUACGCUUCGUUCUCGCGCCACAUCGUACUCCCCAGCCAACAGAGACAGCGUCUGACUCCCCUUCGACUCCUCAGACAGUACCUCAAAAUCCUGUUGAUUCUGAUCCUAACGCCCAGACGACUGAGCCUGCUCCGUCGGGAUCCCCCCUCCCUCGUCCACCUGUUACAUUGACAUCCCUUUUCAAUUCUUUUCUUUCUAAUCCUUUGGAUCGUAAUUUGCCCUCCAUGCGGACUGAUUCUCCCUCCAAUGCAGAAAAUCAAAAUACUCAGCCAGCAGAGCAUCAGAACAACGAAGUUGGUGCCGCUCGGCCAAUUGAACCAUCAACCCUAGUUCAGCCUCCGAAUAUUCUUAACUUCCCACCUUUUAUUCCUUCUAACUUUGCUCCGCCUGGUCAACCAAAUGCUCCUCAAGCCACCGAGUCAUCGGAUGCUCCUGGUAGACCAUCAAAUCAGUCAACAAAUCAAUUUAUUACUUUCCAUGGGCUACCUUCUCUCGGAGAUUUGCCUACUGUCUUGGAAAGUUUACUUCGUCCUAAUGGAUUGUUGAAUCUUCAAAACCGUGCUCAGCAGCCCCAGACUAUGGAAGGACAGCCUUCAGCUGGCAGCGAAGGCGACGCAGAGAAUACGAAUGCACAAGAAGGCACUUCCACUAUGGAACCUUCUGUAGAAAAUCGCGCAAGGCCCGAAGGCUCUCGCCCUGCAAAUCCUAUGAUUCAUAUCUAUUUCUUCCGUCCACCAAAUGCUGAAGGUGCUGCCGCCAAUUCAACAAACGCCGGGGAAGCCGAAUCUACUAAUGAUGAACCAAAUGAAGCUCGCAAUGUACCCGAGACUGGCGCAACUGGCGCAAGUACUUCCUUAGAAAAUAAUGAAAAUCGUAGUGGUUUGUCUUCUGUUCUUCCAACCGGCUUAAGACACCUAAGUGAAAUGGGUCAACGGAUUGUUCGAAGAUUUCAGGAAGAGUUUGAAAACCGUGUACGUCAAACAGGUGAACAAUCUCAACAGAGGUCGACCGCACGUGACGCAACACCUUCACAAAGUCAACGAAGUUCCGAGGUCACAGUUAACAACGAUGAACCGUCCCAAUCUGAGCUUCCUUCCGUUGAGUCAGCUGGCGUUAUUGACGAAGACAAUAGUGUUGGUCAAGUCUCCGUUUCUACUCCGUCUGAAGCAAUUACUAGUGAUGCUGGAGAAACAAGUAGAGUCCCAUCAGGAGCUAGUACUCCUCGUAUGGCUACUCCUGUCGCCCGCAGAAGUGUUCGUCAUCAUCCGUACAGCCGUCCGUCAUCUACUAAACUUCAGUGUCAACUCGAAGACCAAGGUAGCUGUAAUCCAAACGAUAGGUUUCUACAUUUCGAAUGUGGUCACCGUGUACACGAAUCAUGUUAUCGUGAUUCACCAGAGAAUGGACAAAUGGAUGAGAUCGAUGAUCAAUGCCCGAGAUGCCGUCAGCAAAAAGAAAAAUAAAGCGCCCUAUAUAUCUAAUAUUUUGUAUAAAUUAUGUUUUUUGAUGUAUGAGAUGGCUCUCUGAAGAUUAAGGGUUUGGAUUAGAUUAAUGUUAAUGUUGUAAUGUUCGGUUUUUUUCUUUCUAAAUAUCUUUCAAAGUUAGACAUUAAAUACAGUUAAUGUGUUAUCAUAAUGAAACAACCCAAGCAGUAAUUUAUUA